AUGGAGACCACCACAGUCCUGGCAGUCAUCAUCAUCAUGGUGACCACCAGAGUGCUGGCCGUCACCAUCACCAUGGAGACAAACACAAUGAAGCUCACCAGCAUCACCAUGGAGAGUACCACAGUCCUGACCAUCACCAUGACCACAGCCCUGGCCGCCACCGUCACCAUAAACACCACCACAGUCCUGGCCCUCACCAACAUCACCAUGGAGACCACCACAGUCCUGGUCACCGCCAUCUCCAGGGAGACCAAAAGAAAGAGGCACAUCCCCAUGGACACCAUACUGAUACUCACCAUAGUCACCAAGGAGAGCACCAGAGCAGUGGCAGCCACCAUCUCCGUGGAGACAAUGAAGAUCUUUACCAUCACCAUGGAAGUCCUCACCAAGGCCAUGCCCCUGAAUCUCACACAUAUCUCAAGGAGAGCAAAAACACCCAUCUCGAGCAGGAUGGCCUCAACGAAAGCCAUGCUCACUUCACAGCGAGUUCUGCCAGCAGUCCACUUUCACAAAGAAAGCCGGAGUCUCUUCUCAGCAACGCAAACAACCCGCCCAGUGAAGAUGAGGAGCAGACAAGUUUUACCGGGAAAGACAGAUGAGCUGGGUAAAAUCAUGAUGUUACAAAACCAAAAUGAAGGUCUUCACCAGAGUUUACUGCAGACCGCAGUGAGGAUGGAGUGUCUGGGAGAGGAAUUCAUCAGCAGCCAAAAGGUGCUGGAGACUGAACUUCACAAGACCCGCAUGGAGCUCUCAAACCUCAUGGACAGAUUCAGAAGACUGCAGGACAACUGUUCCUCAGCACAACACAGCAACAAUAUUCUGGAGCAAAAGCUUCACUCAGUGGCUCAGAAUAUGGAGGGCGAACGUGAGCGGUUGAAUCGGCGUAUUUCAGAGCUGACGGUGCAGCUCACUGGAAAAGGCACGGGGGCACUAACAACUGUUACCUCCAUCCCUCCCCCUCCGGCUCAGUUCAUGGACAGCCAAGAAUAUGGGAAGGCCAAAGCUGUGCAGGAGCUAUCACUGGGGUCGGUUCCAGAGGAGGAGGAGUCGGACUGGUCCGAGAUCGGAGAGGAAACCCCUCGGCUUAUACUGAUGGGAUCAAAUAGGGCAUGGAGACAUCAGGAAGCGGACGUGGACAAAGACAGUGAGUCAGGGGGUGAGGACGGGGUCAGACGACACUCUCCACGCCCGCUGCAGAUACCCAAGCUCCAAUUCACAAUCCACAAUGACUUUUUCCCACCACAACACGCCAAUUCUUGCUCAUCUGGCUUCAAGAAUUUGUCUAACGUCAUACCCGACGACGAAAGCUACAGGAUGGCCACGAGUCAGAACUUCAAGUCCACCAUCCUGAUUAGGUCAGCCAGCCUGGAGGAAAUCCCUCUAGCAUGCCACCCCGUGCAAAAAGAGCUGAGAGGCACAGAGGCCAUGAUGAACCUCCACCAUUCGGAAGAAGAAAUUAUUGAGGAUUUACAUAAUGAGAUCAUUCAUCACUGGAGAAUAAGCAAUGACAGGGACACGGUCAGGAGUGUGACGGAGAGCAGGGGGCCAGAGGCAGAUGGCAGCCUGGCUAGCCUGCACUCAGCUGAGAGGAUGCUCAACCACUUGAUUUGUGAUCCACAGUUCAGUGAGCAAAGCGAGCCAGGCAGGGCUGAGGUACAAGAAUGGGCGAGAGGGAUUCCCGAGGAGGUGCUGAAAGGGGAGCGAACAAAGCUGUGAAAUGCAAAGGUUUUGUCCACAGUGUGAAAUGUAAUUACCUUUCUUUACUGUGUAUUUACCAUAAACUGCAAGAAUGACUGGUUCUACUUUUAAAAAUUAUACUAACCAACACUUUCCAUAGCUUUUGAUAGUCAGACCUAUUGAAAGUCAUUAACCCAGUUGAUAUUUGCUAGCAGUAAUUGAAGGAAGAUAAAUGUAAAAUUAUGUAUAUUGAACCCCUGCCAUAGAUCAGACGAUUCAAUGUUAGACUGAUGAUAUUUUGUUUGCAGAGAUGAAAUAUAUAUGUAGAAAUAGAUCAUUCGUGUACAUUGAUCAAUGCAGUAUAUACAAUUGUAGUCACACUGUGUUUUCCCUGUUGUAAGAUGCAUUAUGCAUUCAUAUAUUUUACUUUCUGCAUAUAUAGCCUCUUUCAUUUUUGUGUUUGAGACAGUGUGUAUUGACCCAAUAUAUCACAAUUAAGACAUCUUUCCUUCCAUGUAAAAUAUUCAUAGUAGCCAUAUUCUAUGCAGGACACAUUAUAAACAUCGUAACACUUACAAUUAUUACUAUAUCUUAAUCAUUAUAAAUGUUGUUAUGUGGACCUAUAACUUUUUUCCCCUACUAGGCUGUUAAUAGAAGUUCUCAACUAUGAGUCACUCCAUGUAACUCUGUGUUUCAUCCAAUAAAGGGA